GCUCCUGCCCACUUCCGCCGUCGAGCAAACAACACCUCCCCCUCCUGCUGUCACACCCAACACCUGUCCACCGACUCAACGACUCGACCUGAUCUUCGCGCCCUCUGCUUCGGCGACAUUCACACAUCGACCUCGUAACGCCCGCGAUCACCGCACACACAUCAUGGCGGAUUCAUUGACCGAGGAGCAAGUCUCCGAGUUCAAGGAGGCCUUCUCUCUCUUCGACAAGGACGGCGAUGGACAAAUCACCACCAAGGAGCUCGGCACUGUCAUGCGCUCCCUCGGCCAGAACCCCAGCGAGUCUGAGCUGCAGGACAUGAUCAACGAAGUCGACGCCGACAACAACGGCACAAUCGAUUUCCCCGAAUUCCUCACUAUGAUGGCCCGCAAGAUGAAGGACACCGACUCUGAGGAGGAGAUCCGUGAAGCCUUCAAGGUCUUCGACCGCGACAACAACGGCUUCAUCAGUGCCGCCGAGCUGCGACACGUCAUGACCUCCAUCGGCGAGAAGUUGACAGACGAUGAGGUGGACGAGAUGAUCCGCGAGGCUGACCAGGAUGGCGACGGAAGAAUUGACUACAAUGAGUUCGUUCAGUUGAUGAUGCAGAAGUAGACUCUGCUUUCUUGAAGCCACGACAUCUACAUCGAGUACAUUCCAGUCAAAGAACAGCGCGUUCGCGAGCUAUGGCAACGAAACGGCCCUACGAUAUCCCACCCAAUCCCCCAUCUUCUUUUUGCAGCUAUUCCACGACCUCAUUCCCAGCCUGGCAGGCAGAAGGCUUGAGAAAGAUCGAAUGCAGAUGAUAUACACCUUUUGAGAGCGGCGCGGCGGGAAGCAUGUCAUCGCUUCAAUCACGUCUGCAUUGUGCUACCUGGAGUCCUACUUGGAUCACCUUUUCUGGGUUGGCAAAAAUUGAGCAGUGCUCUAGGAUACUCUCUUAGCUAGCCGAAUCUCAAACGUCUGUCUCAAAACCAAAGAGGGUUGCAGGGUGUCAAGUUAUUCUUAUG